AUGUUUCCGAAAUUAUCGAAUCCAAUUUAUGAUAUGGAUUUAACUGAAAAAAAUAAGUAUCAAAAAGAUCUAAUGUUUCUGGAUCUUUAAGGGCUCAAAAUAUAGAGACCAGCUUAACCAUUAUUUAAUUAACAAAUAACUGAUAAAAAUUUAUAAAAGGAUGAUCCUUCCAUAUUAAGAUUAAAGCAUGAAAGAUUUUAUAAUAGUUCAGUACCAUAAUUACCACCUUUAUACAUAAUUAGACCAAUUAGAAAGGAAGGCAAAGAUAGAGCUUAUAUUAAAGCAUAAUUUAUAAGAAAUUAGUUUGAAAAUUAUGAAAAACUAUUUUAGAGUUGA